UAUUUCGCUUCCAUCUUCAGGGCCAAGAAAUAAGUCAAACAAGAAAUUGCUUUGAAAAUGUGGUAAGCAGAGUCCAGAAAAUACAACUUUUCAUAGCCACUGCUGUGAAAAACUCAGAUUCUACAUGUUGAAUUUGUGGUUUGCUUUAGUGUUGUGCUGCUGAAAAAUGUGAGUACCUGCUUUGGUGGCAUUCUAGUUACAUAGCAGCAUAAAGGCUUUAACACAGUAUAUUGCAGAUCAGUUGACAGUCCAAACGGAAGUGUAUUUGGCAAAUACUCUGAGAUUAGAUAACCUCUCACUUUCUCUUGUGCAGAAUAGUGGAAUCAGUCAUUGUAACAAUAUAUGGCAGUGGGCACAGAUGUUACACUUUGCAGCAAGAUGUGGUUUCCAUUUCUUCUGGCUGUCUCAGGUCUGGCUUUCAGCGCUGGAGCAUCAAACCACCAUGAGGAGCCAUGGAAUACACGUUCUAUUUUAGGAGGCAAUAAAAUCGGUAUUAAGUAUGUUCCAUAUCAGGUUUCACUGGCUACUUUUGAAGAUGAAGAGGGUGUGCGCUCCACUGAUCACAUGUGUGGAGGUUCCAUCAUCAGUGUUAGUUGGGUUUUAACUGCAGCACAUUGUGUAUAUGGUAUUGACCCUCAUGAUAUAUUGGUGCGUAUUGGCUCUAGACUUAAGGAUAAGGGUGGCCAUCUGCACAAAGUGAGCCAAAUCUUUGUACAUCCAGACUUCAAUGAAGAUGACCUAGAUUCUGAUAUUGCCUUGCUUAAGGUAUCGCAACCAUUUGCAGUCAGUAAAAAGGUGAAACCAGUUAAGCUAAACAGGGACACAGUUCAGCCAGGCGUGUUUGCAAUUGUCUCAGGGUGGGGCAAAACAAAGGAGAGUGGUAAAGCAGCCAAGGUCCUCCAGAAAGUGCGUGUACCUGUGAUUCCACAGAGGGAAUGUGAGUGGUUGUACAUCCGAGUGAAUAUAACGUCAAACAUGUUCUGUGCAGGAUUUUAUGGACAUGAUUCCUGUCAAGGAGAUUCAGGGGGUCCCAUUGUGUCUGGGGGUCGUCAGAUUGGUAUUGUAUCAUGGGGUAAUGGCUGUGGGCGUUAUAAUUUCCCUGGUGUCUACACCAAUGUUGAAAAGUUUUGGCAUUGGAUUCUAGAGGUGAGUGGUGUGUAUAUGCAGUUUUAUGCACUGAAUGUUGUGUUUUCUAGAUGUGGCCUGUCUGAGUUCUUGCUGCAGAUUGUGAAGCGUUUGGGUCCAGCCAUUGCAGUGUGCUACAGGAUGAGGUUUUCAUUUCUUCUAGCUGUGUUAGUUUUGGCUGUCAGCACUGGGGCAUUCAAAUUUUAUAAUCGCCCAUCACAUCUAUCAAACCGACCUAUUGUUGGUGGUGUUGAUGCUGAGAUCAGCAACUUUCCCUAUCAGGUUUCACUGUCAUACAGCUUUAAUAAUUCGGGCGAAAUUUAUGCUAGACACUUCUGUGGAGGUUCCAUCAUUAGCGUGGACUGGGUCCUGACAGCUGCUCACUGUGUCCAAGGAACAUACCCAGAAGACAUAUUUGUGCGUGUUGGGACAAGUACUGUAAAUGAAGGCGGGUUUCUCCAUGAAGUCACGAAAGUAAUUUCACACGCAGAAUAUGGCAGAGGUAUUGACACAGAUUAUGACAUUGCUUUGCUGAAGGUUGCCAAACCAUUUGAAAUUGGUCCAGACGUGAAACCCAUCCCGUUGAACAAGAACCCGUUGCGACCUGGUGAAAUAUUGGUGCUGUCAGGAUGGGGUUUGACAUCUGAGGGUGGUGAUAUUGCAGGUACUCUGCAGAAGGUGGAAGUGCCAGUAGUUCCACAGUGGGAAUGCAAAUGGUUGUAUGGACAUGAGAAGUUAUCAGUCAACAUGUUCUGUGCUGGUCGCGCAGGAAGGGAUACAUGUCAGGGUGACUCUGGGGGACCUGCCGUGGCUAAUGGCAUUCUUGUUGGAAUUGUAUCAUGGGGUGAAGGCUGUGGUCGUCCAGGGUACCCUGGCGUCUAUGCCAGUGUUGAAAAGCUACGUAAAUGGAUUUUUUACAAUAGUGGUGUAUAGUUUUUAUGUUGAUCGAAAGCCCUAGUAUAUUUGCUCAGAAUUUGAUGUAGCUGUUUCACUUUGUUUAAUUCAUGUAUAAAUUUUUCUUGUCCUGUCAUAAAAAUGUAUAUCUUACUGUGUGACGAGACAAAUGCCUGGUUAGAGAGCUGAAGCUUCUGACUUAAAGAGCGAUGAUGUAAUAAUGUUCUGCCUGGUCAUGGCUCUUACAGACCUCACAGGUUAGUGUUAGGUAAGUAUGAAGCAACAAUGGAAUGAUUAUUAAUGUGGGGGAAACUAAAGAAACUCAGAAUAGAAGCUGCUUCAGUGCCAUUUCAACCACUGCAGAUCCCACAUGAAGUUACCGUGGGAUCCAUUCCAAGUCCCCAUGCUGACAUGUUACAACAGUUCCUGUAUCCCCAGGCAGCUGAUAUGCAGCCUAACAUAAUCUUCCAACAAGAUGGAGCCCUCAAAUUUGGGUCUGGAUGUUCGGAGGUCCCUCAGUGCUGCCUUCCAAGAUCACUGGAUUGGAUGUGGCAGGCCAAUUCGCUGGCCACCACGUUCAGUGGACCUCACUACGCUCAAUUUCUUCCUCUGGGGUUACAUGAAGGACCAUGUGUUCGUGCCUCCAGUGAAUGACCUCCCAGAUUUACGAG